UAAUAUAUAGGCUAGUUUAUUAGUUCUAGGAGUCUGGGUACCGAAUUCAGGAUAUGGGGGGUCAUGAAAACACCGUGGAGUUUCAACACCGAAACGAGGGCAUUCUGAGUCGUCCGGUAUCGGGUUUGGGCACCAAUGUUUCAGAUUUAAGCAAUCCUUUUCUUGGUUCAUCUGCCUGGGAUCCACUUUUUCCAUUGAGUCAGACUCACAGCUUUGGGGGCUCAUCAUUGGUUUCACAUAGUGACUUUGCUAACUCUUCUUACCCGAGUGUCUUGGAAAAUCAGGGAAUGAGCAACUCCUCUCACCUUGUUCACUAUAUGUCUGACUCAAAUUUUGCUGAUAUGAUCCCGAAGAUCCCUCCCUAUGGAAAUGGCGAUAUAGCUAGUGCAGGAUAUGCGUCAAAUUAUAAUCCAAAUAAGGAAGCAGGCAUUGGAAUGGCUCCAAUAAAUGAUGCACAAUUGCUGGGUGAGCAUUCCACUCCUGAAGAGGGAGGCACGUCUUCACCUAGUGGAAAUAGAAGAAAACGAGGGCUUGAUCAUAAUCCUACAUUCAAUCCAAGUAAGAGUGCUGAAGGGGAAGCACUCAAGGGUUCAUCAGGGAAAAGCUUAGAUGGCUUGAAAGAACAAGAUGAUAAGAAGCCAAAAUCUGAUCAAAAUACAAGUCCAGAUUUGCGUGGUAAGCAAUCAGUGAAGCAACCUAAGGACAACUCUCAGAGUGAAGACGCUCCCAAAGACAAUUUCAUCCAUGUGAGAGCUCGGAGAGGUCAAGCUACAAACAGUCAUAGCCUUGCAGAAAGGAUAAGAAGAGAAAAGAUAAGUGAGAGAAUGAAAAUGAAGUUACUCCAAGAACUUGUUCCUGGAUGCAACAAGAUAACUGGCAAAGCAGUAAUGCUUGAUGAGAUUAUUAACUAUGUGCAAUCACUUCAACAACAGGUUGAGUUUUUGUCCAUGAAACUUGCCACCGUGAACCCUGAACUGAAUCUUGAUGCAGAGCGGAUCCUAUCCAAAGAUAUUCUGCAGUCCCGCAUCGGACAUGGAGUUAUUGGCGGAUAUGGAGGCGGUGUCAUCGGCUCAAAUCACCUAUUUCUCGGUGGAGGUUUUCAGGGGACCCUGGGAAGCAUACCCAGCACAUCACAAAAUAUCCCUCCUUUGCCUCAGAGUGUUAUGGAUCCUGAACUCCAGAGCAUAUAUGGAAUGGGAUACGAUUCUAACUCAGCUCCUCAAAAUUUGGGACCACAAACAGGGCGGUAGGAAACAAUUAUAAAUAGUGCAGAGGAUAUGCGGCCUUGCUCGUUUGGACAGAGUCUUGGGAAUUU